GAAUUGUUUUAUUGAACAAGUCUGAUCGUGAACUACUCAACACGAUCUUAUGUAAUUUGACUUAUUUCUCGUGUUUUACGUGUUUUGUUUUUAAUUGUCGUUGGGGUAUUUUAGUCAAAUUCGUGUCCUGCUUUGCACAAAAUGUCCGCUCUUAGGCAAAUCCACAAGGUUUUGAGAUGCUCCUCCAAUGUUGCUGCCGGUCUUUCUAGGAAUAUUGUUCCAAUUUUCAAUGCCGCCAGAUGCAGCAGCAACGUUUCCUCCGAUCAUCCGUCAAUGUUCCCCGGUGCCAAGGCACCAUUUGUGUCUGAACCUAACUUUACCUUACCUUCGGACUAUUCUCCAAUACCAAUUUAUCGAGUAAUGGAUGCGGAAGGUGUUGUCAACCCAAGUCAAGAUCCUAAUCUAGAUCGUGAUUUCGUAACGAAAAUGUUCCGCGACAUGGUCCUUCUGAAUACCAUGGAUAAGAUUUUGUACGAGUCCCAACGACAAGGGCGCAUCUCAUUCUAUAUGACUAAUUUUGGCGAAGAAGCCAGUCAUAUUGGAAGUGCUGCUGCCCUAGAAAACAGAGAUUGGAUCUAUGGACAGUAUCGUGAGGCCGGUGUUUUGGUGUGGAGAGGGUUCACAAUCGAACAGUUCAUUGAUCAGUGUUACGGUAAUGUUGCCGACAUUGGAAGGGGAAAACAAAUGCCAGUUCAUUAUGGUUCCAAGGACUUGAAUUUUGUUACUAUUUCGAGUCCACUUUCCACCCAAAUGCCACAAGCCGUUGGCGCAGCCUAUGCCAUGAAGCGCAAACCGAACAAUGACUCCAUUGUGGUAUGUUACUUUGGUGAAGGUGCGGCAUCUGAAGGAGACGCUCACGCCGCUUUCAAUUUUGCUGCUACCUUAAGUUGUCCUGUAAUCCUGUUUUGUCGUAACAAUGGAUUUGCUAUCUCAACACCAUCCCAUGAACAAUACUGUGGUGACGGUAUUGCUGGUAGAGGCCCCGCUUAUGGAAUCGCUACCAUUCGUGUUGAUGGUACUGAUGUCUUUGCGGUAUAUAACGCCAUGAAGAAAGCAAGGGAGUAUGUUCUUCGCGAGAAUAAACCAAUUGUUUUUGAAGCAAUGGCCUAUCGUGUUGGUCACCAUUCCACCUCAGAUGAUUCCACUGCCUAUCGGUCUGCCGAAGAAAUUGAAAUUUGGAACACCACAGAACACCCCAUUUCAAAGCUCAAAAAUUAUAUGAAGAAGAAAGGUUGGUUCAAUGAAGAUGAGGAGAACGCCUUUGUAAAGGACGUGCGAAAGCAAGUCCUAAAGCAAAUAUCCGUUUCGGAGAAGAAGCUUAAACCAAACUGGAGAGAAAUGUUCCAAGAUGUCUACCAUGAGAUGCCUGAACAUUUGAAGGAGCAAAUGGGAGAACUGGAGAAACAUGUGGAAGCCCAUCCCGACUUUUACCCACUCAAAAAUUUUAAAGCCUAAGGAAAAGAGAUGACUACAAGCGACACCGUUAGCCAAAUGGGAAUCUUAAAAUGUGCAUUUAUUAGCUUAAGUAGAACAAACGUUUGUAUAUAAUGUAUUCAACAUGUGAUUCGAAACUUGCAUUUAUUUACCAUAUUCAAUAUUUUGUUGAAUAGUUUGACCCCACUUUUACGUAAUUUACAAGACAUAAAAAUGUUAAAAAUGUUCAGAUAGUAAAUAAAAUCUAUUCUCGUUGAGAAUUGCCCUUAAUUCGCAUUAAUUGAA